GACAAGUAUUGUACACGUGGACUGUUGAAAGCCGACGUGUCAAAUGUAAAUUGUUACGGAACCGUUACUAUUGUCAUCUUCCGUUUUUUUUUUUUUUUUUCUUUUUUUUUCCUCUCCCAAUCUACUACUUGUGGUCAGGUAAUAGGUUAAAAUGAAAAAUUAGCCACGAUUAAAAGAAAAAUCGUUUACGAUAACAGAACAGUUAAAAGAAGUAAGCAAGUGCGGUAAAACAUAGAUUGGUAAAGAUUUUGUACCGUUUUGUUGGUGUUCCCUUUAAUUUACCGUUUUACCGAUUGCUAGCUCAUAGUAGGAAUUGUAUAACUUCUACCGCGGUGAUAAAAUGUAAAAAAACUUUUAACUUGAAAUAUUUUACGUGACCAUGUUGAUAUCGUAUGAUGUUCGGGUUCGGCCUUUUGAAACAGUAUGCAGGCACAACAGAACAAAUUUCCACGGCGGCUGAAGCGCUAGUCGGGAGGUCAACGACAUUGACAGAAGCACUCAAAGCAGCGGCGAUAAAUGUCGGCCGUAAACCGGUAGAAACCACCGACUUGGCUGCCAUAAAAGAGGUGGAAGCUAGGGCUAUAGGAGGUGAUAUAGAAAGCGAUGGUGGUGUAACCGCUGUAGCAAGUAAAGCGGUUGCUCGUAACCAAAAAAUAGGAGAAGAUAAUGAGAAGACAAAUCUCGGCGACGUUAUCGCGGAGAUUGAUGUGAAAGUAACGAGAGAUAGAGAAGUGACAAGUGAAGACGCAGAAGCAGUGAUUCGGGCUGAGCUGAAUCAUUCUCCUUUCAAUAAUAUUAUUCCUGGAGGUGUUGCUGAAUCCGUCACUGCAGCUUAUAAACUUAAUUGCAAUCCAUGCAAUGUAUCUCUUUGA